CAGUCUUCCUCCGUCCUCCUCAGCCCACGUCUCUCCAAAGCAGUAAAAAGAGCAUCCCAAAAAUAAUUUAAAAAAAAAGGGGCCAAUAACACCUUCCAUCAGCCAAAAUGGUCAGAGCAGUUGCUGUCCUCCGCGGUGACUCCCUCGUGAAGGGCACAGUCACCUUCGAACAGGCUGACGAGAACAGCCCGACCACCAUCUCCUGGAACAUCUCUGGCCACGAUGCCAACGCUCAGCGUGGCUUCCACAUUCAUCAAUUCGGUGACAACACCAACGGCUGCACUUCUGCUGGCCCUCACUACAACCCAUUCUCCAAGAAUCACGGAGCUCCAUCCGACGUAGAUCGCCAUGUUGGUGACCUGGGCAACAUCACCACUGAUUCCCAGGGCAACUCCACCGGCAGCGUUGAGGACAAACAGAUCAAGCUUAUUGGGGAGCACAGUGUUCUCGGUCGCACUGUUGUCGUUCAUGCUGGCACUGAUGACCUCGGCAAGGGAGGCAACGAGGAAUCCAAGAAGACUGGAAAUGCUGGGCCCCGUCCUGCCUGCGGUGUUAUUGGCAUUGCUGCAUAAGCUUCUCUCCCGAGAACUCUCCCCUAAGGCUUUCACUAGAUUGCGCGAAAGCAUCAAUGAACAGUUAAUGAGAUUGCUUAGCAAUUAACUAGUUACCUAGUUAGCGAGGGAAUGAUCAAACAAUCCAGUUUCUAGAGGUGUAAUGAAAUUACAUAUCUCGGUGAAUUAGCUCUACAAAAUAAUCUGUACAUAGUUCAAUUUGGAGUUGGGAGCUCAUAUGAACCAGUAACUUAAUUAUCUCAACGCACAGCCAUUGCAGGCGCCAGUGGAGAUGCUCAGACGCAUGUGGUUGUAUAGCCAGGUCACAAAAUUGGAGUGAUUUGCUCUC